GAAAUGGCGUUGCUAAUCAUUCUCCUAUCUCUUCCCAUCUUCCUCUUGCUUCUUUUCCAAAGAUACAGACCAACCAAAAAUGUCCACAGGCCACCUGGCCCUCGAGGUCUUCCAUUAAUUGGUAACUUGCAUCAAUUUGAGAACUCAAACCCUCAACGGUAUCUUUGGAAUCUCUCUAAACAGUAUGGCCCUCUUAUGUCUUUAAGACUUGGUUUCGUGCCAACCUUGAUUGUAUCCUCCGCAAAAAUGGCGAAAGAGGUCUUAAAAACCCAUGAUCUUAUAUUUUGUAACAGGCCUUCUUUGCUCGGUCAACAGGUGUUAUCUUACCGCGGCGUAGACUUAGCUUUUGCACCAUACAGUGAUUACUGGAGAGAGAUGAGGAAAAUAUGCGUUGUUCAUCUCUUCAAUUCCAACAGAGUGCAACAGUUUCGUCCGAUUCGAGAAGAUGAAGUCUCCCGUAUGAUUGAGAAAAUAAUGAAAUCAGUUGCUGCUUCUAAACUUGUCAACUUAAGUGAGUUAAUGAUGUCGCUUACCAGCACCAUUACUUGCAGAGUUGCUUUUGGCAAGAGAAAUGAAGAUGAAGGAGCUGAAAGAAGCAGAUUUCAUACACUGCUUAAUGAAACACAGGCUAUGUUUGGAAGCUUCUUCUACUCAGAUUAUAUCCCUUUUCUGGGCUGGGUUGAUAAACUCACUGGUAUGAUCAGUCGUCUGCAGAAGAACUUCAACGAAUUUGAUAAAUUUUAUGAUGAACUUCUUGCCGAGCAUCUGGAUCCAAAGAGACCAAAGAGUUCCCAGGAGGAUAUAAUUGACGUUUUGCUCCAAAUUCGGAAAGAACGUGGGUUUAAAAUUGAUCUUACAUGGGAUCAAAUUAAAGGAGUGCUCAUGAACGUUUUUGUUGGUGGCACAGACACAGGUGCAGCUACGGUGAUAUGGGCGAUGACCUACCUAAUGAAGAAUCCUGGAGCCAUGAAAAAACUUCAAGAAGAAAUCAGAAACAAAAUUGGUGACAAAGGUUUCGUAAAUGAAGAUGAUGUUCAGAGAUUCCCUUAUCUUAAAGCUGUAGUGAAAGAGACAAUGAGAUUGCAACCAACUGUUCCAUUGCUAGUCCCAAGAGAAACGACAGAAAAUUGCAGGCUGAAUGGAUACGAAAUACCACCUAAAACAAUGGUUUAUGUGAACGCAUGGGCGGUAGGAAGAGACCCUGAAGCUUGGGAAAAGCCAGAAGAAUUUAAUCCAGAUAGAUUCAAUGGCAGUUCCAUUGAUCUGAAAGGACAAAACUUUGAGUUAAUACCAUUUGGUGGAGGCCGAAGAAUUUGUCCAGGGAUAUAUAUGGGACUUGCAAUCGUGGAGCUUGUUCUUGCAAAUCUUGUUUACAAAUUUGACUGGGAAAUGCCAACUACAAUGAUGAAGGAAGAGUUAGACUUUGAUGUUUUGCCUGGCGUUACCAUGCAUAAGAAGACUCCUCUCCGGCUUAUGGCUAGGAACCAUGUAUGAAUAAGAAUUGAUCAAAUUAGAGAGCAGCUUAUUUGAGGUAUGUUAUGUAAUUUACAUCCUUUAAUGAUCUAUAUUUCACCGUAUUUGCACACAUGAUGUGUCAGUACUCAGUAAUAACAAGUCAACUUAUGUUUCCAAUUGAUCGUAGAUAUUUCA